UGUACAUAUAAAGAAUAUCAUCGCGUAAUAAGCUGCAAUACGUUUCGUCUGGAUCGCAAUUGUCGAUUUGAAUUUAGGUAAAAAGCACUUAAAAUAAUCGGAUAUGAUCGAUAAGUGCUAUGACCGUGUACGAUAUAAGCGUAGAUUGGAAUCAGUAAACACGAUCAUCGGAUCAACACCAAGCAAGCAUAUACAUACAUAACAAGUGUAUCUACAGAAAUGGCAUUCUUUGGUUGGAAGGGAAGCAGUCGUUCUGAAAAUACUGAACAACACACAGGACGCAACUUACAGGAUGGCCUCUUUCAAAUUGCCUCUCAAGCUUGCCACAUCUUGGUGCAAGUGAACAAUACGCACAAUGUUUCUUACGGUGGUAGCAACAAUGUAAGAAAUAUCGCAUACUCCAAAUGUUCGACGAAAGAUGAAGAUGCGAUCAAUUUCGCGGAUUCUACUAUAAGCAGAGGAUCUGUCUCUACGAUUAAAUCCUAUUCAAAAUAUGCGAAAGAACGGGUCAAAGAUCAAGACGUGGUUGUUUUAUUACCGCACCGUAGGAACAGGACGGCGCUCAUAAAGCACAAAUUAUCUACAGUUUCCGAAAACGCACGGUUGGAAGUAAAUCCCUCGAGUUGUAGCAGUGUCGGUGGUGUCGGUGGUGUCGGCUCCACCGCCAGCGUCAGCGCUGCCAACAACAGUACCGUUGUUCCUGAUGACGAUUUCGAAUUAUGGGAUCAGUCUGGGUUUAUGCUGAGAAACGACGCCGAUGAUUCGUUUACAAAUGGAAAAUGGGGAGGAGCACAAGGAUGGUGUAGACCCAGUUGCAUUCCGAUCACAGUCAUCUUAAUUUUGAUAGUGUUGGUCGUUUUGUUACCUUUGUUGGAUCAUGCCGCGGACAAGUAUGCGUCAAACAGUACUAAAUUUGGUUUUGAUUCAAGUUGCAUGGACGGGUGCAAUUUAUCGUUCGUAGAAAGUUUACCGGUUGGCAUGAACUACACGGACGACAAUGUGUUUCUUCAAAGUACGUACAAUUCUUGGGUGGAAUUGAUAUCAUUGGCGCACGAAAAGAUCGAGAUAGCUUCGCUUUAUUGGACUUUGAGGAGGGAAGAUGUAUAUCCGGACGAUAGCGCGAAACAGGGCGAGGAUAUCUUUCGUUUGCUUCUCGAAGCCGGUAAAGAUCGCAACAUUCUUCUACAUAUAGCGCAAAAUAUGCCAUCGCAAGCAAGACCAAACAUUGAUACGGAAAUUUUGGCGAAAAAGGCAAACGCUAAGGUAAGGAGUUUAAACUUUGCGGGACUGUUCGGAGGAGGUGUAUUGCACACAAAGUUAUGGCUCGUCGACAGAAUGCACGUGUACGUCGGUUCGAGUUCGCUCUCGCAAGUGAAAGAACUCGGCCUAGUCGCUUUGAACUGCAGUUGUCUGGCAAACGAUUACGCUAAGAUUUUCGAUAUUUACUGGACGGUGGCGGAGAACGGUAAAAUACCGCCCGUUUGGCCAGACUCGGUCGAUACAAACGUCAAUUUAAAUAAUCCAAUCAACUUUACGUUUAUGGACAAUAGGUAUCGAACGUUCGUUGCGAGUGCACCGCCACCGUUCUCGCCAACGGGUAGAACGGACGAUAUUAAUGCUAUACUCUAUUGCAUAGAGAAAGCAGAGAAAUUUAUUUACAUCGCGGUAAUGGAUUAUUUCCCUUUGAUGAUAUACACCCCUAAAAUCAAGUAUUGGCCGAUAAUAGACGACGCUUUGAGAACCGCGGCCAUCGAACGAAAAAUUCAAGUACGGUUAUUGAUCUCUUCUUGGAAGCAUUCACGUGAAUCUGAAGUUUCUUUCUUAAGGUCGUUGGUCGAGUUAACCGGCAGUUACCCAGGCGUUAAAAUUGAAGUGAGAAGAUUCAUAGUUCCUACAAACCCAGAUUUCAAUAGGAUACCGUUUUCGAGGGUGAAUCACAAUAAGUAUAUGGUGACCGACAUUGCCGCGUAUAUAGGAACUAGCAAUUGGUCUGGAGAUUAUUUUACAAACACUGCAGGUGUAGGGACCGUAUUCGAAAGUAUCGGCGAUCAAACUUCGAGUAAUCUCAGGCAGCAACUGGAAAACAUUUUUCAUCGUGACUGGUACUCUGAAUAUUCUUACAACCUGAAUCGAAGCGUACCAAAUGAGAAACGAUUGAUACCAAAUUCCAUUCAAGACGAUUACUAUUGACGAUUGUCAGGCUAUGUAUUAGCGCGACAACGAUGA